GUAACACCUACGCGUGCGGCAGGUUAAGAUCUACGUCGUCUGCCGCGUGUCAUCUUGUCUUGACUGACCUUGUAUCAUGGAGGCAUCUUUCAAAGAAAAGAAGCUGUUCACGCCUGGACCGCUAUGCUGCUCCCGAAGUGUGAAGGAAGCCAUGCUGGUGGAUGUAGGAUCUCGCGACUCCUACUUCAUCGCCUGCGUCAGGGAGAUCCGCCAGCGACUCCUGGAAAUUGCCCAACUGAGUGACACGGAGUAUACAGCUAUACCGCUUCAGGGAUCAGGCACCUACUGUGUUGAGGCUGUCCUGCAGACUACCUCCCCUCGCCAAGGUGCCAAGGUGCUGGUAUUGGCCAAUGGAGCUUAUGGGCGUCGCAUGGGUCAGAUGUGUGCGUGGGCGGGCUUGGAGGUGCGACUGGAGGAGUUCCCUGAGGAUCAGCGUCUCGACUUGGCCAAGAUGGAAACCCUUUUGCGGAACGAGUCCUUUACUACAGUGGCCGUCGUCCACUGCGAGACUUCCACAGGAAUCAUAAAUCCUGUUGAAGACGUGGCUCGCCUCGUGGCAUCGCUCCAGCCUGGAGCGGCUAUUGUGGUGGACGCCAUGAGCAGUUUCGGCGCGGUGCCCUUGGACAUAAGCGGAUCAGGGAUAGAUUACGUUGUCUCUUCGGCCAACAAAUGCCUGGAGGGCGUCCCCGGCUUCUCCUUUGCCAUCUGCAGGACGAAGCAUCUGCUUUCUUGCAAGGGUAACUGCCGCGUGCUGAGCUUGGACCUGGUGGAUCAGCACUUGGCCUUAGAACGCUCGGGCCAGUUUCGCUUCACGCCUGCCACGCACGCCAUGCUGGCCUUCAGACAAGCUCUUCGAGAGUAUGCUUCGUCAGGAGGACUCGAGGGGCGGGCCAAGAGAUAUCAGGAGAACCGCAGCAUCCUGAGGGAGGGGAUGAAACGCCUCGGCUUCAAGGAACUGCUGAAGGAGGGAGAUGCCGGCUACAUCAUUACUUCGUUCCAUUUUCCCGAACACGAACGCUUUGAUUUUCCCAAGCUUUAUUCAGAGCUUUCGGACAAGGGCCAGGUGAUCUACCCUGGGAAGGUGAGCAACGCCAACUGCUUCCGCGUCGGCAACAUCGGCCACCUCUUCCCCGACGACAUGAGGACCUUCUUGGGACACCUGGAGGACGUCGUGAGAGAAAUGGGGCUGCCGGUUCCUCUACCAUAGCCAGCCCGGGCCCAUCUCCAAACCCUGCCAGAGUCCCACCAAUACUUGACCUUUGCCAUGUUCAAAACCCCUUCCAUAUCCAAGUUACUGCCAUCCCUGUGUUAGUUACUCUGACACACUGAUACCUAUCAUGAUCAUCCUUAUUGUUAUGUAUUUGACACUUUAAAGAAUUCCCUGAGAACAUUAGUAUGCGAAAGGAGUCAAGAUGUUCUUUUAGUUUCAAUUAUCAAGAAUUAAACCACUAUUGCUGAAGAAAUAUUUUUGUUGUUUUUUCAUUCUACCGGCGUGUUCAGUUUAAUGACAA